AAUAACGCUCGUCUUUUAUCGUAUCUCACCGAAACUAACGCCAUGGUUUCACUGCGCUUCCCGUUCUCGUUUUCUCAGCCCCCAAAACCACCCCACAUUCCCUCCUCCUCCUCCACCUCCCGUCCAUUCAAUGCCGCCGUCGUUGCCGCGUCCGCCGCCGCCGCUGUCGCCGGAGUCGCUGUCUACUCUAAAGACUGGACCAAGCCAGGGCACCCGUUUCUCCAAGACGCACUGAAUUUCUUCUUCGCCAAUCGCUCGCUGCCCCUCUGGGGUUCGCUCUCUCUAAACGACUCUUCAAAUUCGGUUGUCGAUUCGAGGACCGGCGUUUCGUUUCCUUCGGUUCUGGCCGGUUCUCGGCAGCUUCUUGGAGUCGGGAUGAGGAAGAAGAGAAUUUUAGGGUUGAAGAACAUCGAUGUUUACGCAUUUGGCGUUUAUGCUGAUUGUAAUGACAUAAGGAAGUUUCUGGGUGAAAAGUAUGGGAAAUUAUCCAGUUCUGAGAUCACGGAAAACAAACAGUUCAGUGAUGAUCUGCUGGAAAGUGAUAUAAGCGUGACUGUGAGGCUUCAAAUAAUCUACAGCAAACUGAGCAUUCGAUCUGUUCGCAGUGCAUUUGAGGAGUCAGUGGGAAGCAGACUGCGAAAGUUUGGGGGAUCGGAUAAUGCAGAACUGCUUCAGAGGUUCACUUCCCAGUUCAAAGAUGAAUACAAAAUACCACGAGGAUCUGUGAUAGAACUUGGAAAGGAACAAGGCCAUGUACUUCGAACAACAAUUGAUGGAAAGGAUGUAGGAAGUAUCGAAAGCAAACUCUUGUGCCGGUCAAUUCUUGAUCUAUACAUCGGUGAGGAGCCAUUUGAUAAACAAGCCAAGGAAGACGUCAAUUUCAAUGUGGCUUCUCUCCUUCAGAAGUAAAGUGGGCCAACAUCCAAAGCUCUUUGAAACUCGCCACUUGUUUUUAUCCCUUUCUCGUAAAGAGGAUCAGAUGGUAAUACGUUGUCUUU